AUGUCCAGCUCAUGGACUGCAAUCAACUCCCCUGGAAUGACCUACAAGACUACAGUCGCCUUCUCUUCGGGUUACUUUAUCGAAGUCGUCCCUGCCGGGUGUACCCUCGUCAACCAGGGGACGGUGUCGUGUUCUCAGGCCGGCAAGAACAUGUUGAGCUUGGCAUUCCAGAAGAUUACUGCUGUGGGGGAUUCUGGUGGGUCCUAUCUUCUUGCUGAACAUGAUGCCGUGGCGGUGGAAGGGGUGAAGAAGGAUUACUCGACAGUGCCUGUACCAUCAUCGAGCUAUAAACCUCCUGCUACUACUCCUCAGCCCCCACCUGCAGUGGUAUCUGUCCAGAUCUGUGGAGAGUUUUGCACACUCUCGACAUCCUGUUCCGUCCCCACAUCCAACACGACCGCCACGCCGACUCCCACUCGACCUCUCAACGCCACCGCCACCAAGACGAGCCUUUCAACAAAGACGACAGCUUCGUCUACACACACGGGCCUGAUGACCACUCCUCCUGCUGCAGCCCCAGAGGUAGAGCCCAACACUAACUCUAACAAGAGCGCGGUGAUUAUCGGGUCUAUCUUUGCGGUGGUAGUCGUCGCGUUUGCGGUUGGGUAUGCACUCAUGCGGCGGAAUAUGACCCUCAGUGCCGGUCGUGGAGGGAAGAAGAAGAAGAAAGAGGUUGAUCAGGAGGAGGUCAAGUAUAUCCGGCCCCUGAGCCCGGCCCCUCCUACCCUGCCUCAGCCCCCAGCCCCUGUCGCUGCUCCUGCUACCGCGGCGAUGACAAUGCGACAAUUGGACUCGGCCUCGGGUGGUGGUGUCGAUCUUGCAUCUCAGUCGAGGGUUCAGAAACCCUCACCACCAGUCGUUCUGGGACCUGAAUCCCGACAAAGGCAGGCGCCGCCACAACAGCCUUCCAAUACCACCAGCACCAGAACUGCAACGAACACGGCAGCAGCGGCAGCGGCCGCAGCACCAAUGGUGACCCGUGGACGUUCCGUUCGAGAAGCCGCCCUCACCAGAAACGAUCGACAACAGCCACCCGGUACUACUCUUGCUGGUGGUGGCAAUGUUGAGCCAGAUAUGCGGUACUUGCAAGAGCGACAACGGGUCCUAGCCAUGAACGCCAACACCUCUGCAUCAUCUGUCCCAGCUUUGGUCGAGAUGUCUGCUCGCUCGCUGGCUUCGGCUCCGACGUACACCCUCCCACAACCUCCGCCUCCCGCAGAUCCGGUGAAUAUAUCUGUGCCCGUGUCUAUCUCGACCAUGGCUUCCCUCCCUCUUCCUGUCUCCACCGCCGCCGUUAAUGGAUCCACAACCGCCAGAGCUGCGCUGGCAGAGACCCGUAGGAGCAACAAUUCGGACUCGUCCGCCGUCGAUACUGCAGAUCUCGAGUUCUUGAUCAUCCCCUUUUCCAACAGCAGUGCCUCCGCUCGCCAAAGGAAUGGCACUCGUUCUUCUACUCCUCCGCUGGCCACAAGAGGAGCAGAGAAGGAGGAGGUUUUGGAGGAUGUUGAUUUGGAUGACGAUGGUUAUGAUGAGAGGGAGGGGACGCUGUUGAAGAAGUCCAAGUCGAUGUAUCCGUGGUCCUCUCGCCGUGGUGCUGAUAAUGGUGGUAACGGUGUUGCAUCGUCAUCCACAACGACGGCUAGUACCUUUAAUUUUGCAGAUACCUCGCCAUUGCGCCGGGCUGCUAGUGCAGGUGUUGGUGGUGGUAGCAGCAGCAAGGCGAUCAACUACAAUAACAACAACAGCAGGAACUACCAAUCAAACAGCAACUACAACAACAACAACAACAACAACAACAACAACAACAACAACAACAACAACGCCAAUACUACUAGCAACUAUCGAUCUCCCUAUUAUCAGCAGCCAGGCGGUAUAAGUGGUCAGUCAUCGUCCUCCGUCCCGCAGCUCUCGGUGCUGGCCGAGCAACAACAGCGCGUGGGAGUUGCAGAAGGAAACUAUUACCCCCAACAACAACAACAGCAACAACAACAACAACAACAACAACAAUUGCAAUUACAGCAGCACUAUCAACAGCAAUAUCGACAGCAGCAACAGCAGCGACCAUCUCAACAACCGCAACAGCAGCAGCAGCAGCAGUAUCAACAGAAGCAACAAACGAUGGGGUGGGCUCAGAGUCAGGAAGAUCUACUGAUGAGAGCAAGGUCGAUGCCCAAAACGACGAUAGGAGCGACGUCGACGACGGCGAUGAAUGGAGGAUUCCCUCCUCGUACGGUGAACACUCAGCAGCCUGGACAGGGGGGAAUAGGACAAGGACAGCAACAACGGACUGAUCCGCGCGGUCUCUAUGGCUAUUUGUAG